CUUCUCUUCGUAGGGAGAGAUAAUGCAUGUGAAAAAACAUCAUACAUGUUUCUACGAAAGGAGCUGCCUGUGCGACUCGCAAACACCAUGAGGGAAGUUAACCUUCUGCCGGAUAAUUUGCUUAACCGGCCUUCGGUGGGAUUGGUGCAAAGCUGGUAUAUGCAGAGUUUUCUUGAACUUUUAGAAUAUGAGAAUAAGAGCCCUGAAGAUCCACAGGUCUUGGAUAACUUUCUCCAAGUUCUGAUUAAAGUCAGAAAUAGACACAAUGAUGUGGUCCCCACCAUGGCUCAAGGAGUGAUUGAAUACAAGGAGAAAUUCGGGUUUGACCCAUUCAUCAGCAGUAACAUCCAGUAUUUCCUGGAUCGCUUCUACACCAACCGCAUCUCUUUCCGCAUGCUUAUUAACCAGCACACACUUCUCUUUGGCGGUGACACUAAUCCUGCUCAUCCUAAACACAUCGGGAGUAUUGAUCCCACCUGCAGCGUGGCCGAUGUUGUGAAAGAUGCAUAUGAAACUGCUAAGAUGCUGUGUGAACAGUAUUACCUGGUAGCUCCAGAACUGGAAGUUGAAGAAUUCAAUGCCAAAGCUCCAGACAAACCUAUUCAGGUAGUUUAUGUGCCCUCACAUCUGUUUCACAUGCUAUUUGAGUUGUUCAAGAACUCGAUGAGAGCGACAGUGGAACUGUACGAAGACAGAAAAGAGGGCUACCCGGCUGUUAAAACCCUGGUGACUCUGGGUAAAGAAGACUUGUCCAUUAAGAUAAGUGACCUGGGUGGUGGGGUCCCACUUCGGAAAAUAGAUCGUCUUUUUAACUACAUGUAUUCCACUGCUCCGAGACCUAGUCUGGAACCUACAAGAGCUGCCCCUCUGGCUGGAUUUGGUUAUGGCCUGCCAAUUUCUCGUCUGUAUGCUAGGUAUUUUCAAGGUGAUCUAAAACUGUAUUCAAUGGAAGGAGUGGGUACUGAUGCUGUCAUUUAUUUGAAGGCUCUUUCAAGUGAAUCAUUUGAGAGACUUCCAGUUUUUAAUAAGUCUGCAUGGCGCCAUUACAAGACCACACCUGAAGCUGACGAUUGGAGCAAUCCCAGCAGUGAACCCAGAGAUGCUUCAAAAUACAAAGUGAAACAAGACAAGAUCAAGACUAAUAGAACUUUGUAGUGAACGGAUGCUUCGGCUCUCUCUGGGAUGCAAGAUUGUCUUCCAAAGCCAACCAGAGAGAUUCCUGUCCUCCACCAACUCUGAGUGUGGCACCAUAGUUAUUCAAUGCUUGAAUGUGCAUUUUCUGUAUACCAGCUGGACCAUUUCCACAGAAAUUUCCUGUCACUGCUCCAGACGUUCCACCACAGUAACAACUACUCUUAGUGCAUUGUGGUUUAGUUGGCACCUGUCAGCGCAGAAUACAGAGGCUCGUAGGACUCUCGUGUCCUCUUACGUCCCUCCUUGUUAGCAUAGAGUUGAGUGUCUCCAAUUUUCCCAGGAUCCUGAGGGCCUUCCAUGCUCUAAUGCAGUUGCUCUUUGUGAUUAAAUGCCAUGUUUGUCCCAAGCCACCGAUGAAGGCCUGAGGAACCGGGAAAAUGAAGACCCCAGCGAGUCAGUCUGACCAAGCCUUUGAGGGCCCUUCCUCUCUCCUGCCUCUCUCCUCGCUCUCUAAGACUUGGCUUUCUUCCAUCUGAAUGUAUUCUCAUUGUGAGGUUGGGUACUUUUGUGUUAGAUUUUACUUUUUUGGUGCAUUGAUUUUAUUUGGAAAUUCUUUCAUAUAUUUCCAUUCUGUUGAUUAAAGCAUUCCAAAAGUUGUCUUGGAAUUAUUCCCUGAAGUGUUUUGUUGCAAAGAUCUUAAGUGAAAAAACUGCUGUCUGGUCAUUUUUGUUUGUAAAGACUGGGAAGUACAAUUUUUAUGCUUAGGUUAAAAUUUUAUUAAUCUAAUACUGUACCUUUGUCAUACUCAAUUCCUUUGUAGUUUUUUAAGGAACUAGAAAUCCCUGUGUGAUGCACUUUACUGCCUGUAAAAUAGAUUUCCAAAGGGGAAAA